UCUCGCUGAGGGAGGGAGGAGGGGCUGCAGGCGAAAACGAGCGGCGAAAGGCAAGUGACACGGGCAGAUCUGGACACGCUUGUACUGCUACUCCUCCAGGCAGAGCACACGGAUUGGAACACCCAGAGCUGAGUAGGGUGGAAGAGUCGGAGCACAGCACUCGCGCUUGGGACAGCAGGGGAGACCAGCCCCAUCCUUACCUUCACUUUUCCUCCCCUUUCGCUCUGUUUGUGGACGAUGGAAUUUUAAUCAUGUGGAAGAUAGCUCCCCAGCUUCCCUGGUUUCCGCUGAUGCCCUCCCCGUGUCGUUCCUCCUGAAAGGAUGGACGUAUUGGAGUCGGAGCUGACCUGCCCGAUCUGCCUGGAGUUGUUUGAGGACCCGCUGCUGCUGCCCUGUGCCCACAGCCUGUGCUUCAACUGUGCCCACCGCAUCCUGGUCUCGCACUGCACCUCCAGCGAGCCCGCGGAGUCCCUCGGCGCUUUCCAGUGCCCUACCUGCCGCUAUGUCAUCGCGCUGAGCCCACACCGCGGCCUGGACGGACUCAAGCGCAACGUCACCCUGCAGAACAUCAUUGACCGUGUCCAGAGGGCAUCAUCUUCCGCCACACUCCUGCUGCCCACCGUAGUGCCUGACUCUCCGCCCCUAUCAACAACGCCAACAUCGACCACCGGCAUGACGACGGCCGUGCCCUCCCCUGAGCCCAUCCAGUGCCAGUUUUGCGAGCAGGAUCCACCACAGGAUGCCAUAAAGACCUGCGUCACCUGUGAGGUGUCGUACUGUGAGGAGUGUCUGCGUGCCACGCACCCCAACAAGAAGCCCUUCACCGGGCACCGCCUGAUGGAGCCGCUGCCUGACUCACAUCUCCGUGGCCUGCAGUGCCUCGAACAUGAUGAAGAGAAGGUCAACAUGUACUGUGUGACGGACGAACAGCUCAUCUGCUCUCUCUGCAAACUGGUGGGCCGCCACCGUGACCACCAGGUGGCAGCGCUGAGUGAGCGCUACGAGAAGCUGAAGCAAACAUUGGACUCUAACCUCAGCAAUCUGAUUAAGAGGAACAAUGAAUUAGAAUCACUGAUGGGGAAAUUGAUUCAGACCUGCCAAAAUGUGGAGGUGAACGCAUUGCGACAGGAAGGCAAGCUAAUGGAAGAGUGUGACCUCCUGAUCAGUAUAAUUCAGGAGAGGAGACAGAUCAUCAGUGCCAAAAUCAAAGAGGGCAAGACAGUGCGAAUGCGCAAACUGGCACACCAGAUCGCCAACUGCAAGCAGUGCAUCGAACGUUCCUCUGCCCUCAUCACUCAGGCAGACCAGACACUGAAGGAGAGCGACCACGCCCGCUUCCUUCAGACGGCCAAGAACAUCUCUGAGCGAGUCUCCAUGGCAACAGCAUCCUCUCAGAUCCUGAUACCUGAGAUUAAUCUGACGGACACGUUCGACACCUUUGCGCUGGACUUCACCAGAGAGAAGAAACUGCUCCAAAGUCUUGAUUACCUUACAGCGCCCAGUCCCCCAGGCAUCCGAGAGGAGCUGUGCACUGCCUCCUAUGACACCAUCACUGUGCACUGGACAUCAGAUGAUGAGUUCUCUGUGGUCUCCUAUGAGCUGCAGUAUGCCAUCUUCACUGGGCAGUCCAAUAUUGUCAGUCUGUGCAACUCUGCUGACAGCUGGAUGAUUGUCCCCAACAUCAAGCAGAACCACUACACAGUCCAUGGCCUGCAGAGUGGCACCAAGUACAUCUUCAUUGUCAAGGCCAUCAACCAGGCAGGCAGUCGCAGCAGUGAACCUGGAACACUGAAGACCAACAGUCAGCCAUUCAAGCUUGACCCCAAGUCUGCUCACAGGAAGGUAAAAGUGUCUCAUGACAAUCUGACAGUGGAGCGGGAUGAGGUGUCCUCAAAGAAGAGCCAUGGCCAGGAGCGCUUCAGUAGCCAGAGCAGCUACGGUGUCACGGGGAAUGUCUACAUCGACAGUGGCCGACACUACUGGGAGGCUCUGAUUGGGAGCACUUGGUACGCAGUGGGCAUAGCCUACAAGUCUGCACCCAAGCAUGAGUGGAUUGGGAAAAACCCUUCUUCAUGGGUGCUCUGUCGGUGCAACAACUCCUGGGUGGUGCGCCACAAUAGCAAAGAGAUGGCCAUUGAGCCUUCACCUCAUCUACGGCGUGUCGGGGUGCUGCUAGACUACGAUGCUGGCUCACUGGCUUUCUACGAUGCCGUGGGCUCCCAGCACCUCCACACCUUCCACGUGUCCUUCACCCAGCCCGUGUGCCCUGUCUUUAACAUAUGGAACAAAUGUCUCACGGUCCUCACUGGUCUCCCCAUUCCAGACCAUCUGGAGGGCAUGGAGCCUAUCGACUGAUGUCAGGGCUCACUGCUGCAACCGCAACAAGGAAGUGGAUGUCUUGAGCUACUUGGAACUGCUUUCACCAGCUCUGGCUAUGCUAAGCUCUAAUCUGUCCCAAGCCAUCAUAUGCAUGUUGGAUCAUGUUUGAGCACUACAUUUUGCCCUCUCUUACAGAAAAUGAAUGAAAGUUGACUUGAAGGAAACACUGACAGAAAUUCCUUAUGAACAAAGAGGUAGAGGGUCUGAUAAUCUCAGAAGGUCCAAGGUGUUUUUGCUUAUGGUAUUGUAAAACAGCAAAAAUAUUUAAGAUAAAAACAAGAUUUUUAUAUUAGGUAUAUUGGAGGACGUUUGCACAUUAUUGCCAACACUUUAUUUAUCAAAAAGGGGAAUAUCACAUCCUAAAUCAGUCUCUCAAUUUGGUGCAAUUAUGUAAUAAGCCUUCUUAGUGCAAUCCUACUUCAUAUUCUUAAGAACACGAGUUGCUUCACUAGAUUAAGAGGCAAUAUAACUGAUAGGCAGAUAUAAAAUGGUUAGUAAUGAACUAUUUUUACAUCCUGAAAUAUAUCUAAAUAUAUACAAAUGUCAUUUCAUGUCACUUAAUACUUUUUUUAAAUAAAAAAAAAAUCUAUGUUAUGUCAUUUAAUAUUUUGUUAGUGAAACUGUCAUCUCAUUAUGGUGAGAAAUGAAAUCACAAUGUCACCCCGGUCAGCAAUGACAGCCUAUACCUGAAUUCUUUUUUCAAAAACAUCUUUUAGGUUCCUGAAUAUGCUAAAAUGAAAUCAAUACAUGUUUGUGAGAUACUAAAUUAUUUGACAUGUUUAGAAAGUACAGCACAUUGUUUUGCAUUGUAUUGUUUUUUUUAUCAGACCAUUGAUGUUCAAGAUACUCAUGCAUUGCGGAAUUUGCUGUCAUUUGCUUUCUAUAAUGUCUGCUAUCAUUGGCAGUGUAGGUAGAGUAGUAGAGUAGAGUAGUAGUUCAAAUUACAUAUCAGUGUGUGUAUCCUGCUAUACAGAUAUAAAAUAGUCUACAUGAGCUUAAGGCUGGAGAGCUACCGUCUACCAUGCGGCCUUUACAUGCAGCUACACUCAUCAUCCAUCCAGAGAGAUCUGGCCACCAAUCCGAAACACUUGCUUGAUAGUCUAUUUUAAUAUUUAUGUUGCUUCAAUAGUUGUUUGUGAGGUUUUAAAAGAUGGUAAAUUAAUAUUUUGGCCAAUAGGAGGUUGAAAUAUUCGAUAAUCUAUGUGGUGAAGGUUAAGCCCUUAUCUCUUCAUAUAUAAACUAUCCCUGAUUCCUGAGGGUAAAAUGCUGUCAAAAUUCCCUAUUUCAAACCCUAUUUUGCAAAGAAAAAAUGUUUCUAGAGCUUCUAUCACUGCAAUUUUUGUAGCAUUUGUGAAAGAUGAAUUAAAUGUAUCAAUCAAUUGUUGGCAUCAUGCUUUCACUUCAUAACAGAAAACAGGACAAUUUUAGUACAAAUUUAGUAUACACACACAUAGUAAACACACUUUUUACUAUUCUUAUAUAAUGAUUUUAUUCACCAGGAACAUGUCAGUGAAAACAUCUAUGUAGUUUUAGUGUAUGAAGAUCCUGGCUAGUCUUCAGUGGACUGUGAAUUUGUAGAACGGCUUCUUAUUUUUAAGACCACAAGUUUUCAAAUAGGAUUCAAGUUUGGAGACUAAGGUGGCUACUGUGUAAAAGGUUAAUUCUGUGCUCCUGCAACCAUUUUUGGGUGGAUUCUGAUGUAUUUUUUGGAUGGAUUAUUUUGUUGAAAAGUUCAUAUAUUCAACUCUAAACAUGCCAGCUGACAGAUCAGGUAUGGGCCAAAAUAUCUUGGUCCCUAAUGUAAUGAAUGAUGCUAUCAGUUCUAACAAAAGCACAGCAAAACAGCCCCAGAGCAUCAAUGAUCCCUCAGUCUACUGAGCACAAUAUGAGUCUGGUUUUCUCAGAGUUUCCUUGCAUUUACCUCCAUAUCCAAAAUGUUUCAUUUUGAUUUAAUAUGAUUUUUAAAAAACAAAAACAAACAAACAAACAAACAACAACAAUUGUUGGAAGAUUGAUGUCUGAAUAAAUUGUGCUACAAUUUG